GUAAAGGAGCAGAAGAAGAGGAGGAACAAGUAAUAAUGAUGAUAACAAGAACAGGAACAAAAAUGGUUGAACUUGAUGUGACGACGACGACGCCAGAGAGGAGAACCGCGAGCUACAGAGGAGUGCAAUUCCACAAAAAGACUGACAUUAAUGGCCAUGAGCUCCUAUUUGAUCAACUCCAACUAUGUGGACCCGAAGUUCCCACCGUGCGAGGAAUACUCACAGAGCGACUAUCUGCCCAGCCACUCUCCGGACUAUUACAGCUCCCAGCGGCAGGAGCCCGCCGCCUUUCAGCCGGACUCUCUCUACCACCACCCACACCAUCACCCACAGAACCACCACCAGAGAGCCGAGCCGCCGUACACGCCGUGCCAGCUUCCUGGGCAGCCCGCCUCGGUGGUGAUGUCCCCUCGGGGUCAUGUCGUCCUGCAGACAGACCCGGUCCCGGAGCUGAGCCACCACUCCUCCGACUCGGUGACACCCAGCCCGCCUCCGCCUGCGUUUUGCGGCCAAACGCCCCACAGCCAAAGCACUUCGUCCCCAACGAGCACUCGCAAGGACCCCGUAGUCUACCCGUGGAUGAAGAAAGUCCAUGUAAACAUCGUGAAUGCAAACUACACAGGCGGUGAGCCGAAGCGCUCGCGGACGGCCUACACGCGCCAGCAGGUCCUGGAGCUCGAGAAGGAGUUCCACUACAACCGCUACCUGACGCGCAGGCGCAGGGUGGAGAUCGCGCAUACGCUGUGCCUGUCGGAGCGGCAGAUCAAGAUCUGGUUCCAGAACCGGAGGAUGAAAUGGAAGAAGGACCACAAGCUGCCCAACACCAAGGUCCGCUCCGGGACCACCGGCAGCAACAACAACAACAACAACAUCACAAACUCGCAGGCUCUGAGCGGCUCCCAGCGGCCCCUAUAGCCCGGUUCUUUGGCUCUCUAGUCUGAUUAUUGGCCCUCCCUGGUUCCUAAAACUGAACGCCGAAGCGGCAGCAACGCUUGUACCCCACCGGAGCCUGCACUUUGGACCGGAAUAACGCCUUUUACUGUGGAGGGGAGGGAGGGCUCUGUCAUUGCCGCCUGUUCGGCCCUGAUCUGUGCUGAUGUUACACACUAUAAUAUAUGACGUGGGAGGGGGGAGGUGGGGGAUGUCCCAUUCAUAAAACAAUGAAACGAACAAAAAGUAGGCGAAGAAGAAGGAGACUGAACGAACUGUGAAAACGAUGCGGCCGCUUCUUUGCUUUUCAUCCCCUUCAUCCCUUCUCUCCCUCACUCUGCUUUUUAUAUUUCUCUCUUUUUAUACUCCUCUCUCUCUUCCUCUCUAUGACAGAGGAGCACGAGACGGUAUAGGCUGAGGAUAAUAUGCCCGCGUGCGUGUGGUUUCUUUUUUUUUUCCACCCGAGACUUUUUUUUUUUUUUUUUUUUGGUGAAGAUGGAUCCUCGUUUUCAUCUUUAAUCAUGCCAAACUCGGGCCCCAUUUGUCAUGUUUACUCUGCGGGUACAAAGCAAAGGGGUGAACCAUGCACCCUCCCCAAACCACUACUACCCCUCACCCUCACCCUCCCACCACCACCCCACCCCACGCACACACGCACGUGUAAUAAAUGGAUUUCGUCAGGAGCAGUAUUCUUACACCCCCGCCACACACACUCCGUCCGUCCGUCCUUAUAGUACUCUAUAACAUCCAAUAUAACCUCCGGUAUGAUCCAAAAUGACACCAGGCAGUUUUUCUGUCUUGCUGUUCUAAUUAUUAUUAUGACUGUUUUCUGUUUUGUUUCAUGAACAAAAUAUAGCUUUUUAAAAUUUUAAUUAUUUUUUUGAAUUCAGUGUUGAUUGUAAGACUUUAAGCGACUUUAUGCUGUUGUUGCUGAGACUGACAAGGAGCGUUUAUGUGGUCCGUUGAUUGUUCAUGUUGUGAUGUUGUAUACAGGGAAAAAACAGACUGACAGGGUGAUCCUGACAUAAAGGUAAAUUAAUAAGGGACGUACCAAACAGGGUUUAUAAAGCUGCCUAAACAAAAGGACACUAUAAUAUCCAAAACCAAACUCCUGGUACGAGUAGCUCAAGAACACACUAUAAACGCAGCACUAUAAUACAAUGUACUACCUAUUACCUCAGUUGUACUUAUAUAUAUUUUUUUUAUUUCGUUGGUCAUAUUUUUAUUUCCUCUUGCUCGUUCAAUGAAGUGACAGCUUUUUCGAGCUUUUUUUUAUAUUUUUGAAAUUUUGUGACGAGUUAUUAUAAUAAUUAUUAUUAUUACCUGCAAUACAAAAGAAGCGCUAUUCAUUUCUUGUAUGUGGAAAUUAAAAAAAAAAAGUUAUUUAAUUAUAAGACAGUCAGAAAGAUAAAAAAGCCUUUUAUUGCAUGUCUGAAUGGUGUUGAUUUAUUUUUCUAUUUUCUUCCUCCUUUUCUCCGCACAUUAAAUGCGCGCACACUUCUUCUUCUCCUCCUCUCUCUGUCUCCUUGUUUUUAGAUAUUUUAUUCUCUAAGUGUUUCUUUUUUUUAUUGAUGUUAUUUUAUUUACAUUCCAAAGAUCAGUAUCUAUCGUUAUUGAUGAUGAUGAUAAUAACAAUGAUGGUAUUGUUGAACAUGUGUUACCUCCUCCGAUAUGUAUGUUGCUCCUUUCUCUGCUUAUAUGCCUCCUCAGUGUCUACCUUCCUAUUAUUUGUAAAUAGUUCAUAGAAAUUUAAAUAAAUGGCUAAAAUGUUAUUUCUCUAUCCUUCUUCUCUUUUAUUUCCUCUCUCAAAAUUACCACUUCUUCAGAUUCUUCUUAAAAAAACCCAUAAUAUUAAAUAUUGUAAAAGACAAGAGUUAUGUCUAUGCUUUUAAAAUCGUUCAGAAGGAAUUAAUAAUCAGAUUUUUAAGAUUUUAUUUGUCUAAAAUAUGUAAUACCUCCACAGCAGGUCUGAAAAAAAAAAAAAAAACUUCAAUUUUUCCUCUUCUGGGCGUUUUAACGGGUGAAAGAUGGAUUUAAAGCAUGUAUACACGCUCCUCACAUGCACACACAAUAAAUAAUUUCGUUUAAUUUCACUGUUGGUUUUUGCCUCCAAACGCACAGAGACCUGUCUGGAGAAAUCAGCAGCCUGCGAUGAUUAAUCUGUCCCGGCCAUGAGUGAUCUUGGUACAUUACGUCCUGUAAUCUCGUUUUAAAUCACAAACCGUCCCUCCGUUUCACUCCCGUUCUCCCGUUAAUUUAACGGCUGCUCAGACGCGCUUGCACCGGCCCGACACAGAGAAUGCGCUCCUUCCUCCUCCUCCUCUUCCUCCUCCUCCUCCUCCUCCUCCUCCUCCCUCUUCUGAUUCUAACAAAAAAAAAAA